UGAUAAAUGUAUGUGAAUUAAAGUAUUACUACACUAUUAUAUUGGCGUUGACAUUUUCUUUCCAAAUGCUGCUGAAAAUUCAUGAUGAAGCCCUUGCGAAUAUGCGUUGCGUACCUACUUUUCUUUGCAGACGUGGAGGCCCGAGAGGAAUACAGAUAAAUCACACCUUAGACGGGGCAUUAGAAGUAAAAAGAUGCAUGGUAAUUUAUUAGGUAAAAUGACAUAAAAUUAUAACACUCUAAAUUCAAAAUGGGAGAACCAAACACAGAGACCCAGAUAAAUUUUGAUGAAAAUCAGGCAGCAGUGACUACAACCAAAUGGACUCCCCAGACAGAUACGGCAAUAUUUAUUACGGACAAUGGCCAAAGCAUCACUCAUAGGAAAAUUAUUAGGAGAUGGAAUCGCCUAUCACGACUGCAAAGAUCAAUAAUAUACGGGCUCUUAAUUGUUUUUGCAGCGAUAUUAGUAUUCUUGUAUCCGACAAUAUUUAGUAAUACAAUGCGUGGGAAUACUAGGAAAACUAAUGUUAAGUUGCCGCUGGGUCUGUUUUUUAAACUUCGCCCGGAGUACGCAUCUUCAAAUAAUUUGUCUCUAGUCAACGAAGCGAAUCUGAAGGUAUCUGCUCUACGCAAUAAAGUAUCUGUGAAUUUAGAAGAAAACGAGAAGCGGCCACUAUUCAGCGGAGGUUUUUUAAGACCAUCUACCUGGCGUCAGUACGCGGUGGUACAAAGCUUUAAACAUGCUUGGAAGGGCUACAAAGAACAUGCUUGGGGCCAUGAUAAUGUGAAACCUGUCUCGGGAAUGAUCUCCGAUUGGUUCUCCCUAGGUCUCACGAUAGUCGACAGUAUUGAUACUGCUUAUAUUAUGGGUCUUCAUGAAGAAUAUGAAGAAGGUAAAAAAUGGGUAAAGGAAGAAUUAGUUUUCACUAAGAACAAGGACGUUAAUUUUUUCGAGGUGACCAUCAGAGUGCUAGGAGCUUUGCUCACCAAUUACCACUUUACUGGCGACGAAAUGUUUCUCGAUAAAGCGAGGGACUUAGGGGAAAGAUUAAUGCCAGCUUUCCACUCACCGUCGGGCAUUCCGUAUUCCGACGUGAACUUAGGCAUGGGAACCGCACACCCUCCCGAAUGGUCACAUUACAGCACAACGGCUGAAGUCUCCACAGUUCAGCUUGAGUUCCGAGAACUUUCGAGAGCCACUAAAGACCCUCAGUUUGAGAUGGCAGCCUCCGCAGUGUCCGAAAAAAUACACGCACUGCCGAAGAAGCAUGGUCUGGUGCCAAUUUUCAUUAACCCGAACACAGGACACUUUUUGCCCCAUGCUACGAUAACAAUUGGCGCACGUGGAGACAGCUAUUACGAAUACUUACUCAAGCAAUGGCUUCAGACCGGAAAAACUAUCAACUACUUAUUAGAAGACUACAUGGCAGCUGUGGAGGGUAUAAGACAGUUUCUAGCUAAGAGAUCGUCACCUAAUAAAUAUUUGUUCAUCGGUGAAUUGUCAGCUGGCUCAGAGGCGUUUAACCCUAAGAUGGACCAUCUAGUAUGUUUCCUACCUGGUACGCUUGCCCUUGGCCAUGCCAACGGACUACCAGACUGGCACAUGACUAUGGCAGAGGAGUUGCUCUACACCUGUUACCUCACCUACGCCGCGCAUCCCACUUUCUUGGCACCUGAGAUCACGCAUUUCAAUAUGCCAAAUGAUAAAGAAUCUUCAGAUCUUUAUGACAACGAGGCCAGUGCGACAAACGACAUGUACACAAAGAUAGCGGAUUCUCACAGCUUGCUGCGGCCAGAAUUCGUCGAGAGUCUGUGGUACAUGUAUCAGAUUACAGGCAACGUCACGUACCAAGACUGGGGUUGGCAAAUAUACCAGAGUCUCGAGAAAUAUGCAAAAGUGACGAACGGUUACACAUCUCUGGCAAACGUGAAGGUGGAACGACCAGUUUACAAAGACAUGAUGGAGUCUUUCUUCCUGUCAGAAACACUUAAGUAUCUGUACUUACUCUUCAGUGAAGACCGAUACCUGAUCGAUUUAAACAAGUACGUAAUAAAUUCUGAGGCACACGCCUUGCCAAUACACAGGAAUUAAUAUAUAAGUAAAAUCCAUAUAUUCAAUUACCUACGGCAAUCUCUCUGCUGUGAUUUUUUUACAAUUUUAUGAGGUGUGGAAAAAAGUUAGUCACAUUUUAUUACAUUUGCCAAUUUGGAUAAGCGUUUUUCUUUGCCUAUAUUACAAUGUAACAUAAUCUGAUCAGGGUGGAUUUUUUUGACCUGCCAAUUAUGGUUGUUUACAUGUUACUCUGAAAUUGGAAAUUUUUAAUGUGAUAUUAAUGCAAGUUUCAUAUCAAUUUCCAAGGAGGAAGGACUAAUUUUGUUAUCUGCUGUGUAACAACAUUUCAAUAAUUUAUAUAAAAUGUAUAUAGCGUGUGUGGAUUUGAUGGCAAUCAUUUUAUACUUAAAUAAACUUGUGCGUAGGAUAUUAGCCGCUUUAUAUAUAGUCUAAGCUAAAAUGUCAAUAUAUUGUACAAUGACAUUUGUGACGUGCAAGUACAGUAUGUACUUACCGUUAGACAAUUUUACACCUCACGUUACUCAUACAACGUUAUGUAUUACCGCAUGUGUGAAUAAGUACUUAAGAUUGCUUGUUAAUUAAUUACUUAAUACAAUAAGUCUUGAUGUUAUGCUUUAAUGAAUUUUAGUCAUAAAAAAAUGUUUAGAAACGUGAUUUAACUACAGCAAUUUUGAUGGGCUUUUAAUAGAUUAUCAGAAAAACAUAUCAGAUGAGCCCACGAUAAACAGCUUUCACAAAAAAAAUGACAAAGCAAUUUUUUUUUCUCCUACUUUAAAAUAUUAAUUUUUGCUAAAGUUGUGUGUUCGGUAUAUACUUAGUGGUCGGAUAAUCAGAUACAUUACCAUUGGUAAAUAAUUACCAAUGUUUCGGUUGCUAGCUAACACGGAAUGUAAUUUUCUAUCGAAAAAAUUGCCGCGACACGGGGUUUGACGAAAUUAUGAAGUAUAAAACUGAAGUAAAAUAAACGUUACUGAUAUUUGCAACAACCCUGAAUAUGACUUCCUACUGAAAUAACGUCUCCUUCAACACAAUUGAACGUAGCUUAGUACCUUAACAAGUGAGACAAAACAGCUAUAACCAUUGGUGAUGCCAAUUAAGUCUUUUUUAAUAAUCUCACACAUCACAAUCUCAAUCUCCCAUCAAAUUGCGCGGAGUUAUUUCAUGUUCUUUUUACAGCUGGAUAUCAGUUACACUGGGUGUAAGGGACAUGGACAUGGAACGUGUGCUGUCCCAUGCUAGUGAUGAAAGAUACUCAGUCUUUUAAGGUCUAUUAAAAAGACUCGACUUCACUUUACAGGACUUAACUCAAAAAUUAGGACUGGAGGUUCGAGUUUUAUAGAUAAGACUCGGUGGUUAUGCUAAUAAUUUGAGAAGUCGAGUAGGCCUUUACCGUGCAUGAUAUUCAAAAACAUCUCAUGUUCUUAAGCUAUAAUGCAAUGGAGUUAUACCUUUUUUUAUGUCUUAUUGAACCCGAAGUUUAUAAAAAAAAAACUAUGUGUAUUCAGCCUAUUGAUGUAUGUACUACAAAAAUUCGAGAGUAACGAGUACAUGUCAUACUGAAAAUAGAUAUUCUCGACCAGCACGGUUUCAGUGAAUUCCAAUCCACUGACCUUUCCUUAAGCCCCAACAAAAACUACCCCAAACUAGAAAACAAAGGUAAAUAGAUAAAGUGAUUAUUCUUACUUAUAUUUUAAUUCCCUAAAUGUAAAUAAUGUAGAUGUUAAGGUCCCGACGACUCAUGAGUCGCUGCUCCGGAGACUAUAAGGCGCCAGUCCUUUUAUGCUCAGGCAUGCUCACAUAAGUUUUUUAAGUAAUGACUUAGGUUUAUUAUACCUGGCGCUAAAAGACUGUGACUCAAAUUAAUCUUCAGUUUUUGUCGUAUGACUCAAAACUUAAGGGUUAAAAGGCUAAUUCAGUCGCGAGGCGUUAAAAAUUUGUCGAACUUUUUUAAUAGGCCUUAAAAGACUGUGCCUUAAGAAUAUAACACUGUUCUAUAUUCAUAUUCUUAGUUGGUUUUAUGAAGUUUAAUUGUUAGCCUGUUUAGCUUUUUAUCUUACUAUUUGAACUUCAUACACUGGCUUUUUUUUAUUAAAACAUUUUCUGAAGGCUUUGACUUCAAAAUCAUGACAUCAAUAUAAACGAAGCAGUCACAUUACUUAAAAAUACGUACACAGCCAAGUGGUCAAUAUAUCGUACAUAUUUUUUGUUUGAUCGCUUAGAUAGUUUUGAAACUGACUGUACUCAAUGAAGUCAUUGACUGUGAUGGAUCUCAUUUAACUUCAUCCUUGUUUCACUAUUCUCGCAAACUACUAUGUACUCUGCAUACUGCGCUCUGGGCACUGUUAGUUCUGUCAUAAAGACCAAAUCUUUGUGGCAUGUAACGACUGUUGACGAACAGGGAAUUCUGCAGAAUUUGUAAUUUCUUAAUGAUAUCAGUUAAAUAACAAAUUAAAUGAAAAAUAACAAAAUGUUGACUCGGAUAUUUUGAAACGAUGUUAUUAUGCCCCACAUAUAUUUUAUCAGAAUUGAUUAACAUUGCGUGUCUAAGAUAAAAAAGCGUGAUAUAGUCCGUUCAGGAAAAAAAAUAUUACCCCGCGACCCUGUUUUAAAGGCACGCGUACCGACUAAGCCUAGUUUUGUGCAUUGAAUAUAUUUUUUUUACAAACAGAACUGACUAAAUCAUAUCUAAGAUUGGUGAUGUGGUUGUCGCGAUUGAAGAGUGAAGUGACGCUUUAAUAAAAGUUUCCUAGUGUGCAUAGUAAAACACCCUUAAAACUUCCUACCUUAUGCUAAAAGUCGCCACAAAACAUUUGAUACGGUCAUCCGAUAUUUAGAGCGGCUAAAUGUCGGAUGACCGUAUCGAAUAUUUUGCGAUUACAAUCGACCUGUGCGUAAUUCAAUCACCUUAUUAGUCAAAUUAAAAAUACUCGUUUAUGACAACCUGAUUAAAAUCACGUGUUAAAAUUACCUCAGUGGACUACAAAGACAGCUCUCGAAUUACGCAGUCGAUUAGUUAAAAUAGCUAAAUUAAUUAUAAAUAUAAAUGAAUUAGCUCUAAUACGAUCUACGUCUAAUUAAACCGGAAUGAUUAAUUAUUUAGUUUCGGUGUGGUUCGGUUUAGUUAGGCCAAUUAGUCCAAUUGAAAUAUCUGUGUCGCGCUGAUUUGAACAUCAUGUAUUUUAGGACAAGACUUGAUUAUAUUCGUGACUUAGAUAAAAUUUUGUAUACUUUUACACUUUGCACAAUUCUAAAUUUAUUUAUAUAGUCAUGGGUACACUUUUAUCUUUGAUUUCUAAUACACCAA